AUGAACAACAUGAACCUGUCCAAGCUGAGGGCCAAGCCGGAGGAGGGCCAGCCGUUCUGGAGCGUGUCUGGCAUGGGGCUGCCGGGGGAGAAGCGGAGCCGUCCCGGCCAGGCCAGCGGCGGCGGUAAGGUGAGCCGCAGCCCCUCGUCGGACGAGUGGGACGGCGCCAGCGAGCCAGCCAGCCGACGCAGCAGUGCCGACAUCACGCUCUGGAGCGACGCCGAGCUGAUGACACCGCCGGCGUCGCCGACACGCCGCUACGGACCGCUGCUCCAGCCGCGGCGCGUGUCGUCUAGCUUCCUACGGCUGCGCGAGACGGCCACGAGCGUGUUCGGCGCCGUCAAGUUCCGGCACGAGACGCCGCCGGCGCCGGCCGCUCCGGCGCGCCACAAGUGGGCAGGGUGCGUCGCCCGGCGGGCUUUCCUGAAAAAGAUCCGGCUGAGGCGCAACGUGCAGGUGCCGGGCGUCAUGUACACGGACCAGGCGCGCGCGGCGGCGGUGGCGCUCGGCGAGCACGACAUCAAGUACAGCCUCAAGAACCGGCGCUUCCUGAACCGCGGCCAGGCCGGCUGCUGGGUGUCGGAGGACUCAUCAUUUGUCGCCUUCGCCUCGCACGCCCAGCUAGAGCUGCGGCGCGGCGACCCGACCUACGCCAUCAAGCUGCUGGACAGGGCCUUGGAGUUCGAGCCGAGGGACGAGUCGUGUCUGGUGAACAGGAGCAAGUGCCAUCUGCUGCUGGGCAACCACGAGGCUGCACUGAAGGACGCCGAGACCAUCCUCAGUCAAAACCCGCGCUGCGCCAGAGCGGUGGCACAGAAGGCCGAGUCGCUGUACGCCAUGGGAGAGUUCGAGGUGGCGCUAGUGUUCUUCAGCCGUGGUCUUCGGCUCCGGCCCGACAUGGCCGUCUUCUCGCUCGGCGUGGACACGGCUACCGAGGCCAUCGAGAACGCCGUCGGAGCUCGCGCCGGGCUCGACUUCAGUGCAGCGUCCUCCAAAGCCGGGGUGGACCUGGACACCGUCGUGGCCAGCGCUGGCCUGGUCUCCGGC